AUGCCCCAUGUAUUCAAAAUUAGUAUAGCAAGAGAAGAAUCAAUUAAAACAAUCACGAAACAGCAUAUUUACAUAUACAUAUGAGUUUGAGUAAUGAAGUGGGUGCUACUAGCCAUGAGCUUCUCGGAGCUCAAGCUCAGCUUUGGAACCACAUAUUCCAGUUCAUAAACUCCAUGUCACUCAAAUGUGCAGUUCAACUAGGCAUCGCAGACGUGAUUCACAACCACGGCCAACCCAUCUCUCUUUCCGAGCUCAUGGCCGGGCUCAAGGUCCACCCUUCUAAAGCUCAUUUUGUCUCACGCCUCAUGCGCAUCCUCGUUCACUCUAAUUUCUUUGCACAACAUCAUCAUGUUCAUCAUGAUCGUGCCGAUGUGGAGGAAGAAGAAACAGUUGUAUUGUAUAGCCUAACACCAGCUUCCAGGCUUCUUCUCAAAGACGGGUCAUUAAACACCACACCAUUUUUACUCAUGAUACUCGAUCCGGUAGUGACAACCCCAUUUCACUUGAUGGGAGCUUGGUUGAAGAUAAACGGUGGUGAUGAUCCAGCUGCUACAUGUACACCAUUUGAAAUGGAAAAUGGAAUGCCCUUUUGGGAAUUGGGAGCUAGGGAACCAAGGUUCGGUAACUUGUUUAAUGAAGCAAUGGAGGCUGACUCCAAGCUUAUCGGAAGGGUUGUGGUGGAAGAGUGUGGAGGAGUUUUUGAGGGUUUGAAGUCCCUAAUGGAUGUUGGAGGGGGAUCAGGAACAAUGGCCAAGGCCAUUGCCAAUGCAUUCCCCAACAUCAACUGCACUGUGUUUGACCAGCCACAUGUGGUGGCUGGCUUGCAGGGGACGACCCACAAUUUGGGUUUUAUGGGAGGAGACAUGUUUGAGGAAAUACCUCCAGCCGAUGCAAUUUUGCUUAAGUGGAUUAUGCAUGAUUGGAACGAUGAAGAAAGCGUGACAAUAUUGAAGAAGUGUAGAGAAGCAAUAUCUCUUAGCAAAAACGAGGGUGGGAAUAAGAAGAUUAUCAUCAUAGACAUAGUUGUGGGAUAUGUGGAUAACAAGAAGAAGAUGAUGGAUAAGAAAUCAAUUGAAACUCAGCUCAUGUUCGAUAUGUUGAUGAUGUCCAUCCUCCCUGGCAAAGAGCGUAGCAAAUCAGAAUGGGAGAAGAUCUUUUUCGCUGCUGGAUUCACUCACUAUAACAUCACUCAUACACUCGGUUUUAGGUCUCUUAUUGAAGUUUACCCUUGAACAUAAACCUUCCUACUAGUAGUGUAUCAAUAAAAUUAUGUGGAUACACGCUCUAGCUAAUAUAGGUGGCUGCACUAUUAUAUUCCAUAUAUCUAAAAUAAAGAGUGUCAUCAAGCGUC